GCUUGAUCUCAGACGUGCCCGCUGUCGCAAAGCAAGACAGCCCAGCCAGCCCUCCAGCAGCUUGAUAUCCGAGGCUGAAACGUUUGCUCCUCUGAGCUGUCGAGCUCCUCUACCCUCGCAUACAUGAGCAACAUGCCCUCCUCCAACGGCAACGCCAGGCGAUCUGGAGACCGACCGGCGAGACCGCGGGCCUUUGAAUCGGAUGAGAUCGAGCACCACCACGGCCCAAGGGAUCAGGCCAUCGACGAGAUCUCGGAUCGGAGCACCCAAAAAACAGUCGCCGAUCCCAAGAAGGCGCCGCUCGUUAUCCCCCUGAUUGCUGAAAACCAAUGGAGGGACAAACCCGAGGCCAACGACACCGACGGCAAGUCCGAGACCGUAUCGCUGACCAAGACCUGGGGACUGAUUCUCCCAAAGAAACGCAAGGCCGCACCGGACCUGCCGAGUGCCGAGCAUGAUGCGGCCCCGACCGAUGCCGACACAUCCCCGCCAAGCGACGGUGCGGAUGGACCUGUCUCGGAAUCAGCUGCUCCUCGGACAGAGGAGCAGGAAGCCAUCGACACCCUGAUCGCAGCCGCCACUGGCCAGGGUCAGCCCGUUCAGGCCGUCCCGAUCAUAAUGCAGAACCGAGUGCCUGGCAUCGACCACCUCGCCGACGAAGUGCAAAAGUACCGCCACGACGUCUCGCUACGCCCGGACGACACAAGUCUGGAUGAUUACGACGAUGUCCCUGUCGAGGCCUUUGGCGAUGCCAUGCUGCGGGGCAUGGGCUGGAAGGAAGGCAAGGCGGUGGGAAGGAACCCAAUUGGAGUCAUCUUUGAACCCAUCGUGCAUACGGCCCGGCCGCAACUGCUUGGACUGGGAGCUACGCCGGCGCCUGUGACUGAGAAGAAAGCCAGGCUGGGAGACGUGAGUCUGUCGGGGUCCAAGGACGGCAAGACAGACGGUGCACAGAAGGACAAGUCGUCCGACUACCGAUCCAAAUCUACUCGGUUCCGCAAGGGCGAUCGUGUCGACGUGACUUAUGGAAGGUACAAGGGCUACGGCGGCGAAAUUGUCGAGCUGCGAGACCGAGACGUGAUCAUGGUUCGGAUCCGGCGGAAGGGCAAAUCAGACGUGGUCAAGGUUUACGAAGACGAGCUGGACCUGGCCGAGGAGUCGGACUCGCACGAUGACGACAGAGGCCAUGGAGGCAAGCCAAAGAAGACUUGGAUGCGACCGUAUCUGCGCCUGCGAGUGGUGAGUCGCUCGUUCAAACGCGGGCGAUACGACGACAUGAAGUGCACCGUCCAAGACGUCCUGCCGUCCGGCGAAGCCAUCGUCAGAUUUGAUAACGGAGAAGUGGUUGAAGGCGUUCGAGAAUCGCAUGUCGAGACGUACAUACCAGGCACGGGGAAACCGGUGAUGGUUGUGGUCCACAGCAAUCCGGAAUACGUGGGCCAGACGGGCAAGAUCCUGGAGAAGGACCGCGACAACGAGCGGGCUGUGGUCCAGCUGGAUCAGGAUUUCGAGGUCGUGACCGUCGAGUACGAUCACAUCACCGAAAUCACCUCCGACCACGCACAUUGAUCUCGGGAGAUUUUGCCGGGGGUCCGAUGUCUCUGACAUGUGGCGGGCGUGGACCUGGGUGGGGCCCACGGGCGCAUUGCCACAUGUCCAGAACAUGACUCUGCCUGAUGAAUAAAAUGCUCAGCCGGUGUCGCGCUGAUCGAAUUUGAAAA